AUGCCAGCAGCUACUAAUGCACCAACAAAAAUCAUGGAACCUAUUACACCACCCACUAUUGCACCUGUAUUGGGCGGAGAUGACGGAGAUAUAGAUGAUGUGGGUGUGGGUGAAGUUGGAAAGGUACCUGUAGGUCUAUUUCCCCCCGACUUAUUUGGCCCAUU